AUGGCCAUUGCCAUAUUUUCUAAAAACUAUGCUUCCUCAACAUUUUGCCUCGAUGAACUUGUUAAGAUACAUCAGUGUGUUAAGGGAAAGAAUCGGAUGGUUUUGCCAUUUUUUUAUGAUGUUGAGCCUUUAGAAGUGCGGCAUCAAAAGGGGCCUUAUGAACAGGCAUUAGUUAUGCAUACUGAUGAGGAGAAGACACAAAAUUGGAGGCUUGCGUUACAUGAAAUAGCUAAUAUUUCAGGCUUCCAUUAUGAUUCCAGGAGACAUGAGUAUGAAUACAAGUUCAUUGGGAGGAUUGUGAAAGAAAUUUCUCGUAAAAUUGAAAGGGUUCCUCUAUAUGUUGAACACCCUGUUAGAUUAGACUCUCGAGUGUCAAAAGUAAACUCUCUACUACAAAUUGGGUUAGAUGACAAUGUCAACAUGGUAGGAAUUUGUGGAAUUGGAGGAUUGGGUAAAACAACAAUAGCGAAUGCUGUGCGUAAUUCAAUUGCUGAUAAUUUUGAGAGCAUAUGCUUUCUCAAUGACAUCAAAGAAAACUCAAUGAAACUCGGCUUACAAGGAUUGCAAGAGACAAUGCUUUUGGAUAUUCUUGGAGAGAACAUCAAAAUACAAAAUUCCAACAAAGGAGUUGAAGUCAUAAAAAUGAGACUCAAACAAAAGAAACUCCUUUUGAUUCUUGAUGAUGUUGACAAAGAUGAGCAAUUACAAAAAUUAGCUGGUCAUUGCAACUGGUUUGGUGAUGGGAGUAGGAUCAUUAUAGUGACAAGGGAUAGACAUUUACUUCAAAGACAUGGGGUUGAAAGAAUAUAUGACAUGGAGUUAUUCAAUGACGAAGAAUCUCUUGAAUUGUUGGGUUGGAAUGCCUUUAAAGGUAACCAAGUUGAAUCAAGUUACAAGGAGGUUAUGUCAAGUGCUAUAUCUUAUGCACAAGGUCUUCCACUAGCCCUUACAGUAGUUGGUACCCAAUUCUAUGGU